CGGCGAUCGAUCGAUUUAGUUCCUCGUCCCGAAAACCUUCGCCCCGAAAAUUUUCGCGUUUUUCCGCUUCCCACCUCGCGCUAGCACGCGAUGGAUACCGAGCCGAGUAAGUUCAACGUUCAAGGCUAACGUCACGGCGGCCCGAGAUUAGGCGAGCGGCCUAUCUCUCUCUCUCUCUUUUUCUCUCCUCACCUUCCUAUCGAUUGCCACUCGAGGAGGUCGUCGCUUUCCACGACGAGGACGUGGACAUGUGCUCGAUAUUCGCCUUGGGACGACUAAUUGUCGAGGAAGCGGAGAGAAGAGGGAGAAAAGAUCGACCGAGGAACAACUCUGAACAAGAGAUGCAGCGGUGUCCGUAUCUCCACGAGAUGAAGGAGCGCCUGCUCUCCCAGCCGACACCGACAGACAGCCUGGACAUGGAACGACUCGACGGCACUCCCGUCAAGGAGCCCAACCUGCACACCGAUUAUCCUGCCCACACCAACCCUGGAGUGAUUCCGGAUCCCCCGGAAAUGCCGCCCGACUCGCUCAUCGGCACGGUCGUCAAGCUGAAUUCGGAUGGUUACGGCUCGCAUACGUCGCCGGCGCACGCGAGGCAGCCUUUAGUGCCUCAAAACGCCAACAACCCACCCCUCUGCCUCACCCCUACGCACUCCGGCCCAGCGACUGGCACGCUGCCAAAAAACGCAAAGACGUCGCUGUUCAUUAUCAUGAGUUUCAUCUACGCGAAGCUGCUGGUGGUUGUGUGCAUCGCUUACGUGAUAAGCGAGGUGGUCACGCACAAGCUGCCCCUCUACUACUACGAGGGAUUCUUCACGUACCUGUACGGUGUUAGCAUCUUAUUCCUGCUGUACGUGUUCUGCUUCUUGCUGCAAGAAAGCGCCUGCUGCUCGAGGGGCAGCGACACGCCACCCCCGCCUCCGAGACCGCCCAAACCGCCCAAGGAGCCCAAGGAGAAGAACNAGAAGGACAAGAAGGACAAGGAGCAGAAGUCGUCGAAAAACAAGAAGGAAUAUCAGGACGCGGCUGAUGUCGAGGCUGGGGUUGCCACUCGGGCACUGAGGAAGCGGAAAACUUCGCAGAACGACCAGAGCCAUGGAAGUUUUUUCCUGAGAAUCGGUGCCAUUGCUUUUGGCCUGGGUACAAUGGUCUACAACGGUUUGGAAUUCGGCACCUUCUUCGAGGUGCCACCCACAUCGCCGUGCUACCAGAUCCUUCAAGGCGUUAAUCCAGUUCUUCAAAUGAUUUUCACCUUCAUGCAGAUGUACUUCAUCUUCAUGAACUCGAGGCUCAACAUUCAUCGCUUCAAAGUGAUCGCUCGUUUCGGUCUGAUGCACGUGGUGGCCACCAAUCUCUGCGUCUGGAUCCGCACCCUGGUGUUGGAAAGCAUCAAGGAGAUCACGAAGCAUCACCAGAAAAUGGGCCAAUUCGAGGCGGGCAUUCUUGAGAGUAUCAAACAGCACUCGAUGAGGAACGCCGGUGCCAUUUUGGGAACGGCGCCAAGGGACGUGGCUCUUUUGCGCGAGGCGCCAUUGACAGCGACCAGGUCGUCCACGGUUCCAACGUCGGUCGCGAGCACCAUAGCCGCCUCGUUCGGUCGAAUGAUGAAAACUACGGCGAGGGCGAUCGCGAGGGCCGUCACGACGCCGACCUCGACCACCACCACGGGCUGGAACCCGCCGACCUCGAUGACCCCCUCCACCUCGACCCCUCAGCCCAGCUUGCCCACGACCACUGCCAGCGCUCUGGCCACUUUUCUAACCGCCCUCACGCCGAAAACCACCAGGGAGGGGAGGGCCACCCCGACCACUCCCGCUACCACCACCCCCUCCACUACCACCACCACCACCACCACCACCACCACCACCACCACCACCACCACCACCACCACCACCACCACCACCACCACCACCACCACCACCACCACCACCACCACCACCACCACCACCACCACCACCACCACCACCACCACCACCACCAUCACCAGCACCAACAUACCUUCCACCACCUUGUCGUACUUCGUCCAACUGUUCGACGCGCCUCAGGCGGACAACAAAGAAGAGAUCAACCAGAUACAUCAGAUCUUCGACCUGAACAAUCAAACGAACAGCAGCGAAUAUUGGAGCCCGAAUUUCGGCGCGUACGCGGAGGCGUUAACGGACGAGGAGACGGUCGCGUUGGCUCACGCGGGUCACACGAGGGUGGACUGCGUAGGAGCGAGCAAAGGGUUGUUCUUCGGCCUGUUGCUGCUGGUCGGCUCGCUGAUCUGCCUGAUCCUGUUCUUCGUGCUGAUCCACCAUCCGGACUUCGGCCUGGUCGCCAUUU